GUGUCUUAAGCAGAUUCUCAGCACUGGAAAUCCUGCCACGUUUCCAUAGUCUGCUUGGUUCCCACCUUCUCUUCCAGCCGUCAAUGAGUUUCUUUACCUCAAAACACCUCCCAUCUCUUUGAGACCCCACUCCCUCCCUCCUUGUUGUGACAGAUCUCCCUGUCUCUCCUUUGUGACUUCUCUCUUUAACCCUUUCCUUUCAGGCACCUGUCCUCACUGUUCUUGUCCACAUCGCUGUCAAACCCGUGUUGUCAAAUCCAGGGAUUGAGUCUUCUCCCCACGUGUUCCUCGACCGUGCAGAGUGGCAGUUGGCGUGGGGAACACCUUCCCUGGCUCCCAGAGGUUUUUGCUGCCGUGAGAAUUAACAGUAACCGUUCAAUAUGGGGGACGUUCUGGCUCACGAAUCAGAAUUACUUGCACUAGUGAAAGAGUAUUUAGAUUUUGCUGAAUUUGAAGACACCUUGAAAACAUUUUCAAAAGAAUGCAAAAUAAAAGGAAAGCCGUUAUCUAAAACAGCAGGUGGCUCUUUAAGGAAUUCCAAAUCACUGGUCAUCCAGAAGGACCUCAUUGCCGCAUUUGACAGCGGAGACCAGAAGGUGUUCUUCGAUCUGUGGGAGGAGCACGUUCCCAGUUCCAUCCGUGAUGGUGACCCCGUUGCCCAGAAGUUGGAAUUCUAUCUUCACAUCCAUUUUGCCAUCUAUCUUCUGAAACACUCCGUGGGGAGACCUGACAAAGAGGACCUGGAUGAGAGGAUUUCUUAUUUCAAAACCUACCUGGAGACCAAAGGGGCGGCGUUGAGCCAGACCACAGAGUUUCUCCCUUUCUACGCUCUGCCUUUUGUUCCCAACCCCAUGGUACACCCCUCGUUUAAAGAGCUCUUCCAGGAUUCUUGGACUCCAGAAUUAAAGUUGAAGUUGGAAAAGUUUCUGGCUUUAAUUUUUAAAGCCAGUAACACGCCAAAGCUUUUAACAUUAUACAAGGAGAAUGGACAGAGUAACAAAGAAAUGUCGCAGCAGCUCCACCAGCAGCUGAUAGAAGCCGAGCGUAGGUCAAUGACGUACCUGAAGCGGUACAAUAAGAUCCAGGCAGACUACCACAAUCUCAUCGGGGUCACGGCAGAGCUGGUGGAUUCCCUGGAGGCCACGGUCAGUGGCAAGAUGAUCACGCCGGAGUACCUGCAGAGCGUAUGCGUCCGCCUCUUCAGUAACCAGAUGCGACAGAGCCUGGCCCACAGCGUGGACUUCACGCGGCCUGGGACGGCUUCAACCAUGUUAAGAGCCUCCUUGGCACCAGGUAGGAAGCUGAAGGAUGUCCCAUUGCUGCCCUCCUUGGAUUAUGAGAAACUGAAGAAGGAUUUGAUUUGGGGGAGUGACCGCUUGAAAGCCUUCUUGUUGCAGGCUCUGCGCUGGCGCUUGACCACAUCCCAUCCUGGAGAGCAGAGGGAGACCGUUCUGGAAGCCUACAUUGGCAACGACCUCCUGGACUGUCACGGCCACGGCCAGAGGAGUGUGCUUCAGCUGCUGCACUCCAAGAGCGAGGUGGUGCGACAGUACAUGGCCCGGCUCAUCAAUGCCUUCGCGUCCCUGGCGGAAGGUCGUCUCUACCUGGCCCAGACCACAAGGGUGCUGCGGAUGCUGGAGGAAAGGCUGAAGGAGGAAGACGAGGACGUCGUCACCCGGGAGAACAUUCUCGGGGCCUUGCAGAAGUUCAGCCUCAGGCGCCCGCUGCAGACAGCGAUGAUUCGAGACGGCCUCAUCUUCUGGCUGAUUGAUAUUCUGAAGGACCCCGACUGCCUGUCUGACUACACGCUGGAGUACUCGGUGGCUUUGCUCAUGAACCUCUGCCUCCGGAGCGCAGGGAAGAACAUGUGUGCCAAGGUGGCAGGCCUGGUGCUGAAAGUUCUUUCGGAUCUGCUCGGCCAUGAGAACCACGAGAUACAGCCGUAUGUGAACGGAGCUCUGUACAGCAUCCUUUCUAUUCCGUCCAUUCGUGAGGAAGCAAGGGCAAUGGGAAUGGAGUACGUCCUCCGCUGCUUCAUCAAAGAAGGCAAUGCUGAAAUGGUUCGCCAGAUCGAAUUCAUCAUCAAGCAGCUUAAUUCAGAGGAGCUACAGGAUGGUGUUCUUGAAUCUGAUGAUGAUGAAGAGGAAGAUGAUGAAGAGGACCAUGACACUAUGGAAGCUGAUCUGGACAAAGACGAGCUGAUCCAGCCCCAGCUUGGAGAGCUCUCAGGCGAGAAGCUUCUGACCACGGAGUACUUGGGAAUCAUGACCAACACGGGGAAGAUGAGGCGGAAGGGCCUGGCCGGUGUGCAGCGCAGCGCCGACGAGCCCCUGUGCCGGCCCGUCACCCCUGGCGGCCACAGGACGGGGUACCCAGUGCCGGAAGACCAUCCCGUUCCUCCCCAGAUGGCCCAACGUGCGGGAAACGGCGGCCUCCCGUCCCUGACAAGCGCCCCCCGUCCAGAGCACCAGGGGGGUGAGGCUGGUGCUUCGGGGCCUUCACCCUCCACGGUGGACAUCAAACCGGGAGAAUGGUUGCCAGCGGGACAUCAGGGAGAGGUUCGUCUGCCCUCGGCGGGGGACCCCAGCCAGGCCCUAGGCGGUGGAGACACCACCAGGGAAUUUACAUCGGCCUUCACCUGCAAGCCCCGGACCCCCCGGACACCUGAGAUCCUGGACCUGAACCCACCCAAGGCCAAGGCAUCCGCUCUGGCCCCUCAGUUCUCCUCGUGCGGCCCCCAGCAGGCCAGCCGCCCCAGCUCCAUGACCUCCUCCACGAGAGGACCACAGAGCGGCCAAUCUUCCAGGAAGUGAGGAUGGUCUCUUCGCCGGUGUCACCGUCCCGUUGCCCGAGGACCAGCCAGCUUCCCUUCCUCAGCCGGCCAGCAGCUGCAGGUGACAGAUGUGGAGGAGACCGUUGUCUGCCAGCGGCCAGGCGAGGCUAGCUCUCCGGGCAGCCCAGGAGCAGGCCCCCCACAGCCCCCGGGACACCGGGUCCUGUCCCUGCCCGUCCCCGGCCGCCCCUCACACACAGGAACAGACCUGGGCAGACGGUGCGAGCUGCUCACGUCAGGAGCCUGUGGGGGGGAGCAGGGACUGGAGACUCGGCCCGAGACGGGGCCUUGGCCUCAAUGGAAACCGUCGCUCCUCUCGGUCCAGCCGGAAGGAGACUGAAGGGAUUUAGAAUAAGGGAGACGCAUCCCGAAGCCAUAUUCCUGAGCAGCAGAUUUGAUAUUCUUCCUUUUUUAAAAUCUGAGACGAAUAUGAUACAUUCCCGUACGUAGCUUGGACUAUAUCGCUGUUUCCGAUCUUCUGCACGCGUGUUUUAAAGGCCUCGUAGGGUUGACGCCAUUUCCCCCUCCCCUGCCUCCUUUAAGACCGUAAACACAAACAGCUCCCUGGCAAAAUGAUGGGGGAGGCUUGCCCCUUGCAGUGGGUGACGUCAGAGCUCACGCCUUAGGAUAAAGGAAAGAACUUUGCCCGCCGAGCCGGCGAGGUCCCCCAAACUAGUGGCAGAAUCUGACCUCUCCUCAAAUAUAAAUACUGAAAUAAACUGAAUAUUGAGACGGUC